UCCGUAGUAACCUGACCGGCUCUGCUGCCGCUGUGUGAGUUGGAGAGUUUCAGGGGAGUCGGUGCGGGAAAUCCAAGGCCAUCGGCUGGUUUUGACAGCGGGUUACUGAGGAGGAAAGCCCCUUUUAGAGAGACGAGAUGUUGAAUAUGUGGAAAGUGAGGGAGCUGGUGGAUAAAGCCACCAAUGUGGUGAUGAAUUAUUCAGAAAUUGAAUCACAGGUGCGAGAAGCUACUAACGAUGAUCCUUGGGGACCUUCAGGGCAACUCAUGGGUGAGAUCGCAAAGUCUACCUUCAUGUAUGAACAAUUUCCAGAGGUCAUGAACAUGCUUUGGACCCGCAUGUUAAAGGACAACAAGAAGAACUGGAGAAGAGUUUAUAAGGCUUUGCUCCUGCUGGCAUACCUCAUAAGAAACGGGUCAGAGAGAGUUGUGACGAGCACCAGAGAACACCUCUAUGAUCUGCGCUCUAUAGAAAAUUAUCAUUUUGUAGAUGAGAAUGGGAAGGACCAGGGGAUCAAUGUCCGGCAGAAAGUGAAGGAGAUGGUGGAUUUCGUACAGGACGAUGACCGUUUACGAGAAGAGAGGAAGAAGGCAAAGAAAAACAAGGACAAAUACAUUGGGGUGUCCUCAGACACUCUCGGAGGGUUCAGAUACAGUGGUGACAGAUAUGACUCUGAGCCCAAAUCAAAAUGGGACGAGGAAUGGGAUAAGAACAAGGGCAUCUUCCCGUUCAGUGAAAAGCUGGGCGAGAUUGGUGACAAGAUUGGAAGCACAAUUGAUGACACGAUCAACAAGUUCCGUAACAAAGAGAGAGAGGAAUCGCCAGAGAGGCUCAGUGACAAUGAAGAAGAGCGAGCAUCCAGAAAUGGCAGACCUGGAAAGUCUGAAUUUAAAGAUGAGGAAGAGACCGUGACAACCAAAAGCAUUCACGUCACACAGGCCACAGAAACCACCACAACCCGGAAACGUGGCGUUCCAAGCAAAACCGUGGACCUUGGAGCAGCCGCACACUACACAGGGGGCAACAGCAAGCCUGACCUUGUGGGGCAGACUGCAGUCAAGACUCAAGCUGGCAUUACAUCCUCAAAUAGUGGCCUGGAAGACCUAUUUAUGGUAGACUCUGGAGUGGGAUCUAGUCAUGCAGCACCAGCAGGUGGAAGUGCUGAUCUUUUUGGGGGAUUUGCAGACUUUUCUUCGCCAGCUGCUUCAGCAAGCUUGCCUUCAGGACCUGGUACAGUAACAAGUGGCAAUAGCGAGUUUGGAGGGUGGAAUGCUUUUGGUACAGGCCACACUGCUGCUCCUCCUGUGGCGUCAUCCAGUGCUGAUCUGUUUGCCAGCAUUCAGCCUGCUCCAGCCCACAUCCCUGCUGCCCCAUCCACCGACUUGUUUGACCUGUUAGGGUCGACUCAAGCAACCAUGACCUCCUCCCAAAGCAUGAACUUUGCCAUGUCCAGUACAAACACCGUGGGCAUGACCACAAACUUGCCCAUGUCAAGGUCACAGCCUUUGCAGAACUUGUCUGGACCAGUGCAAAAAAACUAUCAAAUUUCAGCUCUCCAUAUGCAGGAGGCCCAAAAGGAUGACAAGAUCACACUACCUUCUACCUGGUCUGACCCCAGUGUCAAUAUCAGCCUGGACUUUCUGGGAAUGCAGCCCCCCAAAACUGCACAGCCAUCCCUCAACACAAUGAUGCAACAACAAGGUGUGCAAUCGCCCAUGAGCAUGAUGGCUCAAAGCUUUUCAGGCAUGAACCUCAACAUGCAGUCUGGUUCAAUGCCAGCCAGACCACUCACGAACCCAAUGGCUGGAGGAGGUGGCAUGAGCAUGGGAAUGCCCAACGUCAUGGGCACUGGCACACUGGGUAUGAACCCCAUGGGCAUGCCUCUGGGCCAACACAGCAUGAUUAAUCAGGGAAUGGUUGGGAUGAAUAUAGGCAUGGGUGUGCCAGCAACUGGAAUGGGCAUGGGGGUUCCUUUUGGAAUGGGUAUGCCCACUGUGGGCAUGAACCCCGGCAUGAGCUCAACAGUAGUUCACCCUAAACAAGAUGCCUUCGCAAAUUUCGGCAACUUCAACAAAUGAAAAGCUAUGAAGAUCCUGUCUAAAAAUUGAAUGAAGGAUUAAGAGCUGCACACAAAGAGUACUUGAAAACAUUGUAUGCUGUCACCUUUUUUUUUUUUUUUUGUAUUGAUUGAUCCAAGAACAAGUUUAGUGAAAUGUACUAGCUAGUUUUGUAUUGGGGCAAGAUCUUGUGUCGGAAAGCUCUAAUGGUGUGAGCGUAUGCAAUGUUUUUUCUUACAAAAAAAAUCUUAAACCGUUCCCUUCACAGAUACUUUGAAACACAUUUUAAAAACAUCAGAGGGAUUUUUAGUGUUACUCUGUAUCCCAGCUGAGGAGGCUGCAGUGGACAGAGCAGAGCUGGUGAAGUUUAAAUUUUGUACCUGUUUUGUUUUUUGUUUUUUUUUCCCAGAGCCUUCAUUUAUUUUUCCCUUGUAAUUUUUAUUAAAACUUAUCAAACUACUCAUUCCAUAUAUAACCUCACAAUGUCCAUAGCUUAAAAGAAAUGACUUGCUAAAUGUGAUGGUUAACUUUGUAAAUAUUCUUUGGGUGUGCAACAUUAUAAAUAAAUUGUGCUCAAGGAGCUUAUUGGAGGGUAUGAUAAACUGGUGGGUAAAUUAAAAUUCAUUGGAUCCUUUUAAAUUGUCUCCUUAUGAAAAAUCAUUGAUUAGAAAAGGCAAAAUAUCAACCCCCACUUUUUGCCAUGCUUAAUUAACGUGGUAUUUAUAAUUUAGUUCAGCAAUUUUUAAAGUGGGCUAUUUAAUAAAACAUUAACAUUGAAAAAUAAAAUGAAAGGUUGUUUUAACUAUGGAUAUUUCUGAGGCCUUUCUAAUGGGUUUAUUUUUUUAAAGUAUGAUCUGAGUUUUACAUCCAAUUGAUAAAUAUUUGUAGUUUGACAGAUUAAUUCCAGUGCUCUCAUCAUAAAGUUCUCAACUAAUUCAGACUCCCGAAUACUUUGGUCAUUGCCUUUUGUAUUUACGAAAAAGAAAAUAAAUAAAUAAAAUGAAGUUACUACAUCUAUUUAUGAAAAGGCCAACAUAUGCACAAAUAUAUAUUUUCUGUUAUUUGAGAAAUAUUAGAUUGUUUUUCACAAAUGUAGGAUUAUCUAUUUAACUCUAAUUAAACUAACAAUAGUAUAGUUUGAUAUGCGGUUUCCUGGUUCUAGCCACUAGAUAGACCAGCUGUGAAGUGUAUAACCCCAAAAAACAGAAUAUGAAAAUAAUUAAUCUUCUGUGUCCAGUUAGAAAAUAUGAAAUUCUUAUUAUAACUGAAAUAAAUCAUAUUCUGCAAAGGAAAUACAAUAGCACCAGUGUUAUGAACUGCGUUCAAACUGUAUAGAAACCCUGAUGUAUAAUAACUCGGAAGCAUUUGCAAUUGUGUUGGUGUAAAAAGAAGAAAAUGGCCUUCAGUUUUCAGAGGUUUAUACUUUAUUGAUUUUGACCAAGGGAUUUUUGUUUUUAAAUAUUAUGAAUAUUAUGGAGGGGCUAGUUUGUAUUGUUGUGUUUUCUGUUUUCUUUAAAUCAUGACCGUUCUAUAAUAUUAAAGCCAUGGGAUGGGAGCAUUAUUAAAAAAAAUAACACUAUAUAUUAGUUAUGCAAAGACAUGCCUUGUGCUGAAUAUUUACUUUUCUAUUCAAUCCAUUAAGUCUGUUUUGAUUGUACUCAUUAUGAUUUUAUGUAACAUUAAACAGUCCAUUAAAACUUG